UACUUGCUUCAAUUGUCAUUUAACUCCCUCCAUUCGUCGGACAAACCCAGCCAUGAACGCACUGACUGGAGAUCUGGUCUUCAAAAUCCCUAGGGUUAAUAUCGUCACAGGAAAAAAGCAAAGAUCUUUAACUAGUGGCAAUUCGGUCACGGUAAAAUUGCCCAACCCAGUCGCUACUAGACACCGACCGAUCUCUGCGCAAGAUCAACCGAGCUUCUCUCAGAUGGCCUCUGAUCGGGAUGCCAAAGACGAACGCAUCGCCAGAAUUUCGUCUGCGAUUCGUAUCAUCCCUAAUUUUCCUAAACCUGGGAUUCAAUUUCAGGAUAUAACGACGUUGCUUCUUGAUCCAAAGGCCUUCAAGGACACUAUUGAUUUGUUUGUCGAGCGGUACAAAGGCAAAGAUAUCUCUGUUGUUGCUGGUAUAGAAGCAAGAGGUUUUAUAUUUGGCCCUCCAAUUGCAUUGGCUAUUGGAGCAAAAUUUGUUCCCAUGAGAAAACCCAAAAAGUUGCCUGGGGAGGUUAUCUCGGAAGAGUAUUCUUUGGAGUAUGGAACAGACAAAAUAGAGAUGCAUGUUGGGGCUGUACAAGCAGGAGAACGUGCCCUGGUAAUUGAUGAUCUCAUUGCAACUGGGGGGACCUUGUGUGCUGCUAUCCGACUACUUGAGCGUGUUGGGGUGCAAGUAGUCGAGUGUGCCUGUGUGAUUGAAUUGGCAGAUCUGAAGGGACGGGAACGGUUAGGAGACAAACCGCUGUUUGUCCUUAUAAGCUCGGAUUGAUCCCACUGCAAGUUUUUCAUACGAGUUUGUAUUUGUUAGAAUUUUUAUCUUAAAGCUGGAAAAACCUUUCUGACGCUGGUUUGGUUGAAGGGGGAGAAGCUUGGUAAUAAAGGGUGUGUGAUUUGGGUUUUUAUGUUGAUUGAAAUGAAAAGUAAUGUGAACUUUAGGUUGAAUAGGAUUGCUAACUUUUGAUGUGAGGAUAGAUAUAUGAAAAUCUCUUCCUUUGCUUCGUGAGCAUGUAAUUCACACCAGGAGAAAGAUAAUGCUAUUUAUAGAGAUGUUGCCAAUUCAAUUUUAA